AAGAAAAUCGGAGUGUUAGGUGCUUGUUUUUGUCGCUAUAGUGAUCAUAACGAAAAGAUUCAUGGGCCAAACUAAAACAAGGAUGGCGACUAAUCAGUUAUUAUUAGGUCAGUGUCGAGAGGCUCUGAAAGGUCAUCCACCGUUACUGACCAGGAAGUUUCAGAAAAUCCAAUAUACUGGUAAUCCAAGCAUGGGAGAGAAUCCACAGGGUCCAAGUAUACGAAUUAUGCAAUGGAAUGUCCUGGCUGAUGCUCUAUGUCAAAGUCGUGAUGAUUUCAUAAGAUCUCCACCAGAUUCGUUGCUAUGGCAAACCCGGAAGUUUCGAUCUUUGGAGGAGAUAUUGACCUAUGACCCGGAUAUUAUAUGUCUAGAAGAAGUAGACCACUACCAUGACUUUUAUAACCCUAUGUUGCAAAGUAUCGGUUACCAAGGUACCUUUAAACCCAAACCUGAUUCACCAUGUGUGUACUGCUUAGAUCAUAAUGGGCCUGAUGGCUGCGCAUUAUUUUAUAAACAAGAUAAAUUUGACAUGAUUGACGGUAUCACGCCCAAUCUAACAAUUCCAGAUGUUACGAAAGGCAGUAGAACAACUAAUCAAGUUGCGAUCAUUUACACGCUGCGAUGCCGGAAAAAGUCAUUUGAAGGAAAGAGUCUAGUUGUCGGUGUGACUCAUCUCAAAGCUAAGAACGGUUGGCAAGAAUUGAGACAUGCACAGGGGAAAAUUUUACUUGAACAUUUAAAUAAACAGUCUAGAGGGCGACCUAUUGUAUUCUGUGGUGACUUCAACGCUGAAUCCAGCGAGCCAGUGUACAGUGAAUUUCAAAAUAGCAAUUUAAAUCUGAAAAGUACGUACCAAUUAUUAAGCGAAAAUGGAAACACAGAACCGGAGUACACGACAUGGAAGAUCAGACCGUCCGGCGAAGCUAAACAUACCAUAGACUAUAUUUGGCAUUCUGAAGACCAAUUAACUAUUGAUGCAUUACUUCCGAUUCCAACUGAUUCUCAGCUUGGCGAUGAAAGAGCGCCCUCUUAUAUUACAUCAUCAGAUCACUUUUCUUUAGUGUUUGAUUUAAGGUUUAAAUCCAGUGCCAAAGGGUCCGCGUCGUUGUGAUGACGACCAUAUCCUUAUUUCAUUUGAAUCCAGAUGAUUUCGCACAAAGAGUCAAUUUUUUCUCGGUGAUACAGGAACUUCAUUGUGAAAUAAAUAUAAAUGUUGUUGACUUUCAAAGAAUUCCUGUAUAUU